AUGGGGGAUAAUAUAGAAGACCAAUCAGGUAUCCUUGAAGUUCCUAAAUUAAUCAAGUUAGCUGAGGAAAAUAGUUUGCAAAAUAGUACUGUUACAUUUGUUAAUGGUUCUAAUGGAAAGGUAACAAAUGAAGUUGUUCAAGUUACAUCUUGGGCAAAGUUGGUUGAAAAAGAAAUGAUGACAGGAAGUUCUUCUUCAUCACCAAGUAAAAUUAAGGUGAGUAAACCAGUUCCAGUAAAUAACAAAUACAAUUUCAGUAAAAAUCGGAGUAAAAGGGGAAUGAAGAAAAUGGUUAUUCACAAUUCUACUUCAGAUAAUAAAGGCAACAUAUGGCUCUUUUGGAAUGCAAGCACAACUCAGCCAACUGUUAUAUCAAUGUCAAGUCAGAUGGUCACCGUCAGUGUAGGUGAUGUGCUGGUUUCUGGUGUGCAUGCCCAUGUGAAGUUAGUUCAAAGAAUAUUUUUGUGGUCAGAGAUGGAAAUGAUAAGUGAAAUGAAUAAGCCUUGGAUAAUAUUAGGUGAAUUUAAUGCCAUAUUAACUCCAUAUGAAAAAGUUGGGGGGAGAAAUCCUAACAAAUCUUCAAUGUUGGAAUUCAGUGAAUGUCUAGAUAAAUGUGAACUUCUUCAAGCUCCAAAAACAGGAUUGCAGUACUCUUGGUAUCAUUGUCAACAAGGAAACAAAAGGAUUUUAUGCACCUUAGACAGGGUGGUAUUCAAUCAAAAAUGGUUGCAAAGAUAUGAAGAAUGGGGAUAUAAAGUAGGACAUAGAAUUGUAUCAGAUCAAUCUCCUUUGUUGGGAGGCUGUGCAAAUAUUCCAAAGCCAAAGAAUAAACUGAAAGAGUUAAAAAGGAUUAUAAAUGAUUGGAAUUGGAGGGUAUUUGGAAAUGUCAAUGUUAAACUUAAAGAAGCUGAAAUCAAGGUAAUAAAAGCAAUGCAAGUAUCAGAUUCUAAUCCAUUUUGUUCUGAAGCUUUUGAUAUCUUAGUAGAAGCACAGAAUGAUCAUGCAAAUAGAGAAGUUCAACAUAAUACUUUAAUGAGACAGAAGGCAAGAGUUAAGUGGAUCAAAGAAGGAGCUUGA